CGAGGGAGCGCUGCCCCCACGAACACGUGUUGUGAACAAGUGCUUCGGCAAAGAUAAGAGAGGAAACAGCUCAUGCACACGUUAAAAUUGCCGUGCGCGCUUGUGCCUUUGGAAACCUUUGGAAAGAAACAAGCCUUACAAAGGAAAAAGAUUUAUAAAGACAGUACAAUGAAAGAAAGGAGAGGCGGAACAAACUGCGGUUGCUGAGGUCUGACUUGUGAAAGCAGCGCCUCCUACACAGACACAGACAGGUCUCCUCUUCAAUCACAUCGCGUCAGUGCUCACAAGAGAGAAAACGGACAUUAAACUAUCGAUGUAAUUAGUCUCGUACAUCGAUCGAUCCGCCACAACUCCACAGUUUCAUUAGGUGAUUGCGCCGCGAUCUUCUACAGGAAUGUCGCUCGCGUGGAUUGUGUGCUUUUCGAUGAUCUGGACUUCACUUUCAAACGAUCCACAGGAGGUGAUCACAGUGAAGCAGGGAGAGGACGUCACUCUCCAGUGUUGGGGUUUUGCAGAUGCUCCCAUCGAGCUGCUGGAGUGGAGCAGACCUGAGCUGACAGACUACGUGUUUUACUACAGAGAGCAGCGCUCCUAUGAAAAAUAUCAGCAUCCGUCUUACAAAGGCCGGGUGAAGCUGAGAGACCCGGAGAUGAAGAAUGGAGACGUUUCAGUGAUUCUGAAGGAAGUCACCUUCAAUGAUACGGGCAGAUAUGAGUGUUUGGUUGCAACGAGGAGAACGAGAGACAAGCGGAGCUCCAUCAUUGUCAGGGUGGAACAGACUACUAAUGAUACCUCGGGUGGAGGAAAGACUGAGAGAGAAAACAGGGAUGUUGGAGGGAACAUGGAGAGAGAAAAGUGGCGUGUUGGACAGAUAGCAGCAAUAGUGAUUACAGUGAUUGUAGCAACCGCAUUGUUUUUUCUUUUUGGGGUGGUUGUAGCUAAGGUGGGACAGCAGGUUCACUACUAAUGGGAGGGUUUGUGUGGUUUGAUCCCCGUCUGCUCCAGUCUGCAUCCUAAAUAUUUUCAGUGCAGAUACUUACCCUAAGUUGCUCUCAGAUGCAGUUAUUGGAGUCUAAAUGUUAGACAGAAAGCUCUGACACAGAAAAAGUGCUGGUGUGAAAAAGGAGAAAGGAGGCAAAAGGGAUUAAAGAGCUUUAUUAAAGUUUCUAUUAAUACUAACUAAAAGAGACGGACAAGCUGCUAUCACCAUUUAAAGAAACAAAACAGAACUCAAGUGUUGGUCAAUUAACUGAAGAGUAAGUGGAAAAAGGUUUGGUCACCAAACACUGGCAAGACUAAACAAUCACCAAACGAAGCGCACUAUGUGCAAACGUCAACCACACAGCUCACCAGCUACAACCACACAAAUGGCACUCUGGCCCAGAGCUCACCUUUCCCUGGGCUUAAAUACUUUUAAUUACUGAUGUGAGUCAGCUGUGUAAAAGAGAAAGGUGGCACCUCAGGGAGAAGAGAGUGUAGGACACGCCCACACUGUCAUCUUCAGGAGGAGGCCCUGCUCGGGCCGUAACCAAUAAAUACAAACCUGUGGUUUGUCAAAUGACUACGAUAACCAAAACAAUUAAUCAAGUCCGUAACCGUUGGAUCACCAAAUUGUAGGCUUUCCACCUACUAAACCCCGUAACAACGGUUAGGCAUCGCCUGCGGAAGCUGCCAACCAUAUCUCAAUGGGUUCAAAAUACUGACCGAGGGUGGCCGCAGACCCUCAAAACAAUGCCCCAUGUGAUAGGCAGGCCUUUUUGAGCCAUCACAUGUGGAGAACACAGCAGGCAGAAGACCUUACUGGAACAGUUUUCAGGUGGUUUGUCAGGUCAGGGGUACCGUUUACUGAUUAUUGUCGUCUCCGUUGCUUCUAACACAAAGAUCAGAGACAAACAAACCCGUGAGGAUCUCCUGCAGAGCGAUGAAGCUGGAAACGAGCUGCACUGAAAUGUCACCUGAUUCUUGAGUCUGCUGUUACUGUUACAGUUUGAGUUGAUGGUUCAAUCCCCAAAGUGUAAAUGACUACAGGAGAAAAUAUAACUACAACACAGCUAAAGUGCAAUUAUUUUUAUUAAACUGUAACUCUGAGCUAUUUUAAUAACUAAUAUUUUUGGAAAAAUGUUUGAGGUGCUGCAAAAUAUUUUGUUUUUUUUCUAAAAGUGAUUAUUUGGUGCUAAACAGCUGUAUGGCUCAUGUGUUUUUCCUCUAUUUUAAUAAUGGUACAAACACUGUGCUGUAUUUGUCACUGAACACUUUACAACUCCAUGAGAUAAAAUAUUUUAUAAGAAGUUUACAAAUGUACAAUUUACAAGUGUUUAGUACUCUGAGCAGCAU